AAAAAAGAUGUCGUUUUGAUUUCCUUCACACCUCAACUCUCACUUAGCAGCACAACAAUCCUGCAGCCCUGGCCGGUCGGAGCUUGCUCCUCCACCUCGCAAGACGCCAGUGGCGAGUCCUUGCAGCGUCUCCACCAGGGGCGGAGGGACGGGGCCUGGUCCAAGGGCAAUUAGAGUCAGUCCCAGUCCAAAAUAAUCUUGCCCGGUUUGUACCAGAAUUCCCAAACCCAGGAAACUUCUUCUUCUUCUUCUCCUUCGGUUCUUCACUCUCCCGGGUUCUGUGAAAUACCCUCAUUGCUUAGCAAUUCAAUAUUGCAACCAUAUGUUAUUUUGUCCUGAAUUUCACAAUAGUCAAGGUCAUGAAACAAGAAGUUAUGAAGAAUAUUGAAAGAUGGAGGAUCCAUGAAGGGCCAUCGCUGCAUUUCCUGUUUACAGACCUAGCUGCUCCCAGCUUGCUCCUCCACCUCACAAGACGCCAGCGACAAGUCCCUGUCACUGUCUUCGACUCUUCGCAUUGUUGGCUAUUGCAGUGUCUCCACUCGCUGUUAAUUUUAGGUCUCCGAGGCUCCGAAGUUCGAUAUCGGGUCCUUUGUCUUGCUAUCCUAGCAACCUCGCUCACUUGCUCCUGUGGCCAGCCUCCAAACCUCGCUCUAGCAUCCCGAUCUCUUGAACUCCUGGUGUGCUAGAUCCGCCACUGCGGGCAAUGAGGUCUGUAUGGAAGAGAAAAAAUUUCAGAAGUGUUAUUUCAAUUCGAGUCAAACCAUUCUCUGCACUUGCGCAGCUGAGCUAUAUCUCAGAUUAUUCUAGUUCUGAUGGAGAAAAUUCAAACAGUAAUUUCACCACUUCUGAUUUAGCCCAAGAUUGUUCUGAAGUAAGCUCGUAUGGGGCUGCAGAAAUGCUUUACAAACUAAGAAACAAACCAAUUUCUGCAUUAUCAUACUUCCGGAAAAUGAAGGAUCGUGGGUUGAAGUGCAAUGUUGAUACCUUCGUGGCAAUCAUUCAUAUACUUUGUCAUUGGGGUAUGGAUAUGAGAUUAGAUUCUAUAUUGUUGGAGGUGAUAAAAGCAGAUAAUGACAGUUUGGGUUUCGAUAUGGCAGAAUUGCUUGAGGCAUUGAUGGAAGAUCUCUAUGGUGAGAGCCCUGAUUCUAUAAUUCGGACCCUAGAUGCACUGGUCAAGGCUUAUGUGAGUUUGGGCAUGUUUGAUGAGGCCAUUAAUAUCAUUUUUACUAGGAGACGUGGUUUUAGUCCACGAUUACUGUCUUGUAAUUUUUUGAUGAACAGACUUGUUGAGUAUGGGAAAGUGGAUAUGGCUGUGGCUGUUUAUAAGCAAUUGAAGAGGCUUGGGUUUAACCCAAAUGUUUACACAUACGGAAUUGUGAUUAAAGCCCUUUGUAAAAAUGGGAAUUUGGAAGAAGCAUCUAGUAUUUUGGGGGAAAUGGAGGAAUUGGGUGUAAUUCCUAAUGAAUUCACUUAUUCUGCGUAUCUCAACGGCCUUUGCUUGCACGGCCACUCAUCUUUGGCUUAUGUAGUGUUACAAGAAUGGAAAAAGAUGGGUGUACCCCUCAAUGCAUUUCCUUUUACUGUCGUUGUUCGUGGAUUAGUCAAAGAAAGGAAGUUUUCAGAAGCACAGUCUCUUUUACUCGAUAUGGAAGAACAAGGUCUUGUCCCUGAUGAUUAUACUCACGGGGUGCUAAUUCAUGCUUAUUGCAAGGCAGGGAAAAUCACUAAUGCUUUGGAUGUCCAUAAUGAGAUGACUAGAAAGGGCAUUAAAACUAAUUGUGUGAUUGUUAGCUCUAUUCUUCAGUGUUUGUGCCAGAACGGGAUGACAUCUGAGGUUGUUGAACAAUUCAACAUUUUUAAGGAGCUUGGAGUUUUUCUUGAUGAGGUUGUUUAUAAUGUUGCAAUUGAUGCACUAUGCAAGCUGGGAAAGUUCAAAGAGGCUUUGAAGUUGUUAGACGAGAUGAAGGAUAAGCGGAUGACACCAGACAUUGUGCACUACUGCACUUUAAUGAAUGGUUAUUGCCGAAGCGGACAAUUAUUGGACGCAUUUUCAUUAUUUAGUGAAAUUAAGGAAAAAGGACCGGAACCAGAUGUGGUUACAUAUAAUGUGCUUCUAGGCGGGCUUUCCAGAAAUGGUUUGGUUCAAGAGACACUUAGCCUAUUGGAUUAUAUGAAGGAACAAGGUUUAACACCGACCACUGUUACAUAUAAUGUCAUUAUUGAGGGUCUUUGCGUGGGACAUAUGGUGAAGGAAGCUGAAUUAUUUUUUGAUAAUCUUGAGUGUAAAACCAUAGAAAACUGUGCUGCCAUGAUAAAUGGAUAUUGUCGGUCAGGGAAUACAAGUAAAGCUUACAAGCUCUUUCUAAUGCUGUCCAAACAAGGUAUGUCUAUAAGGAGGAGUUCUGGCAUGAAACUAAUGACUGCCCUUUGUGUGGAAGGUGAAUACAAUCAGGCUCUAGGUAUAUUUGAGAUAGUACUAUCUUCUUCAAGCAAUGCCCCGUGUAUGUCGAUGUACAACCAUAUAAUAGCCGCUUUAUGUCGUGCUGGGGAGAUGAAGAAAGCUAGGUUGGUGUUUGAUAAUAUGUUGUGGAGAGGGUUAACUCCCGAUGUAAUUAUUUAUACCAUGAUGUUGAAUGGUUAUUGUAAAGUUAACUGCUUACAGGAGGCACACAAUCUUUUUGAGAGCAUGAUAAGUAGGGGAAUAUUUCCAGAUGUGGUCACGUACACAGUUAUGCUUGAUGGUCAUUCUAAGGGUUUAACAGGGACAGGGUCAUCUUUCCAUGCAGGGGGAUGGAACAAAACUGAUAAAACGGUUCAUGCUCUUCAGCGUGAAAUGAAGGAGAUGGGGUUGACCGCUGAUGUAAUAUGCUACACCGCUUUGAUCGACAGUCAUUGCAAAUCUGAUAGCCUUGAAGAGGCUAUUCAGUUAUUCAAUGAGAUGAUUGAUAGAGGUGUAGAACCUGAUAAUGUUACAUACACUGCCCUCCUGUGUGGAUUUUAUAGGCAUGGGCGUAUAGAGAAGGCUGCCAGUCUCGUGAAUGAGAUGAUGGAUAAGGGAAUAGAACCUGAUAAUCAUAUGAUGGCAUUAUGCAGUGGCUUGUUCAAGGCCAGAAGAGUACGAAUUAAGGGUAAAACGUGAGGGUCUCCUGUAUCUUGCUAGUUGUGAAAAACGUUCAAUGACAUAUGCUUCGAAGUUGUGUCAUCCCAUUACUGAAUGCAUCAUUACACUCUAGUCUGUCUAUUGAAUUAUCGGGCUAGAAGGGAUGAGGGAGUUAUCAACAUUCAUGGAGUAUGCAAUUAGUGGUGCUCAAUGGGCGUGUCAACAGCAUGGCGUGUCUCCUCUAUCGUUUCCUCUAUCGCUGGGGCGCUUAGUAUGGGUAUGGAUGAGCUACUUGCCAGCCAGGAGACUCAAAGACAGAUACCAAGAUGCGUUGUUUUGAUCUCAAUUAAGCAUAUAACACAUUUUAGCUGUUUAGAAGAAGAGAGGGAAAUGCUAUUAUUGCAGUCAAAGGAUUUAAACACGCAGGUCCUUGAAAAGCAGGCUGUGCGUAAUCUGCUGAGAAGGAUGAUGGCUCGUAUUCUGCCUCCUCAUCUAGGGCGAUCGGCUAGAAUGUGCGGUACUCUGUUGAUCCUAUGAAGCAGCCUGAUUACGCUUGUAGAGAUUCACUAACAACCACUCCAAUGCCCGGGAUGACACCAGCUAUUUUUGGUAGUCAGUCCAUGCAAUUUUGGACGCGAUUUGCACUAUGGGUCAUCCGGAAACAGUCCCUCUGUGCUUUAGUACAGGGGUAAGAUUGCGUACAUCCGACCCCCCCUUACUCCACCGUAGGUGAGAGCCUUUGCGGCACUAGGGUAAAUGAAAAUGAUGGUAGCAUGGUUCUCAUUUCUUUUCCUGGUCUUAUUAAAUAAAGUUAAUCGCAUGUCAAAUUAUCUUAUUUACUGCUUUCAAAACUUUUUUGACGUAUAAACUUGUUGCUACACCCCACAACUACAGAAUCGAUACUAUCAUACUUUUUCCUAUGGCAAAAUGUUUGGAUUAAAUAGUCACUAUUUUUACGUAAGGGAGAACUUUUAAAUGAUUCAACAAUAUUCUACUAUUCAAAAGAAUUAAAUUUGUUGUAGAGAAUCCAUAUCAUCCAAUUAGAUGUCUUCAAGCACUGAGAUUAUAUGCUUGCAUAUUGCUUGAAUGAUAACAUUACUGAAUGUCUUGUUAUUGUCUAUUGCAUCACACUUGGAUGAGGGGCUGAAUUUCAUUGCAGUUCAGAAGAGAAGGGAUUUGUGAUUUCUGUAAUUCUCUGAAUCAGUCAUCUCCAUUUACUUCAGAAAAUUACCUUGGUUUUCUUGGGCAUGAAUAAAUACUUGAAAUGUGCACUACAGCGAUGAAAAAGAAUGAUACUAGGUCUUGCGCCUCGCGUGUUUUACAGAACAGGGGAAAACGUGCACUAACUGUGCUGGAAAAGUGGGGCUGGAUCUUGCCGUCGUUGUGGGUUUUAUAAAACAAUCGAUGUUCACCUCGAUGGUCAUUCCCAAAUUGCAAUGUUUAUAGCAACUCAUGAUUGUAUAUUCAUUGCAAUUCAUGUGGACUUCCAACAAUAUUCAUUGCAAUUCCUCCACUCCAAAAAAUGGAGAUCUUAUUGCUGUGUGAGUAUGCCUGUACUUCAUUGCUGUUGGGGUCAAAAUAAACUGAGCUUCUAGUGUCGUUUUUAGAAGCAUUACUGUAAAGGAGUGCAAGUUUCAAGUUUUUAACUAACUUGUGUACAUCAUGUAACUGUUUGAAAUGCUGUAUAAGUGAGGCAAGCUUUUGUAUACAAUCAAAAAAGAGUACGUGAUAAAAUUACAAAAUAUAAUUUGUUUAUUGAUCUAACGUUGAAACUAAUGAUUGAGUACGAUAUUUUACCAGAAUAAUAAUAAUGAUUGAGUAUUUGAGUACGCCACAAA